AUGGCUUUCAUAGCCGAAUCGGUGGCGUCGGCGAUCAUCGACAAUCUUGUCAGCAGGUGCUUUUCCUACCUCGAGGCGUGCCCGGCAGCUGGCGGCAUGAAGGACGAGCUCGAACGGCUGCAGCACGCCCUUCCGCAGGUCCAGGCAGUCUUGACUGCGGUCGAGGGGGGUGCGCCGGUCAUGGUGCAGAACAGACCGGUGGAAACGUGGCUGUGGCAGCUCAGAGACGCCGUGGAGAACGCGGAGGACGUGCUCGACGAGCUGGAGUACUACGAGUUACAGAAGACUAUACGAGAUCGAGAUGACAAGGUGCGUGGUAUUCUAUCUAACUGCAAGAGAAAGUUUGAUAGUUUCGUUAAUCGUAUUUUUAGCGAUGACACACUGAAGCGGUUGAGGGAGGCCGUCAAGGGGUUGGAUCGGGUCAUUGCUGGUAUGGGGCCACUCCUUCAUCUUGUUACUGGGUUAUAUGGCCCUCGCGUUAAGUGUCAGAAACUCGAGGAAAUUAAGAAUGCUCGCGAGACUAGCUCCUUGCUAACCGAAAGUGAGGUGCUCGGACGAGACGAGGAGAGGGACCUGAUAGUUGAAUGGCUGAUCGAACCGGGAGAUGCCGAUGUCAAUGUCUCCACUUUUACAAUUGUUGGUAUGGGCGGGAUCGGGAAGACCACUCUUGCUCAAUUGGUCUAUCGCAACGAAAGAGUGCAAGAGUACUUCGACCCGAUUGUGUGGGUUUGCAUUUCUCAGGAGUUCAAUGUAACUGUGAUAACAAAAAAGAUUUUAGAAUGUGUAAGUAGGGAGCAUUUUGGCGACAACAGUCUACAUGCACUCCAUGAGAAUCUUAAACAAAAACUAACGUCGAAGAGGUUUUUGCUCAUACUGGAUGAUGUUUGGAACGAUGAUAAAAUGAUGGCGUGGGAGAAAUUGGUUGCUCCUUUGAAAUUCGGACAGAGAGGAAGCAAGAUUCUGUUGACAACUCGGAUGCGUUCGGUUGCAGAUAUGGCGGCAAAAGUGAUGAAAUGCAAACAGGAAUCAUUAAAUCUAAAUAAGUUGGAGGAGAGCGACUAUAUGUUGCUUUUCAAUAAGCAUGCAUUCCUCGGUGUGAAUCCUGAUGAUUAUAAAAACUUGCAACUGAUUGGCGAACAGAUAGCGAAGAAACUUGGAGGAUGCCCAUUGGCCAUAAAGGUCAUGGGAGGAAUGCUGAACUCCUGCAUGGACUAUGAAUAUUGGAAGAAAAUCCUGGAAAAAGACAAUGUGAAAUUACAACAAGGAAACGACGACAUCAUGAAAGUUUUAAGAUUAAGCUACGAUCACUUAUCCACAAACUUACAACUCUGCUUUAGAUAUUGUAGUUUAUUUCCGCAGGAUCAUAUGUUUAAGAGAAAAAAGUUGGUCAAUAUGUGGAUUGGUUCGGGUCUGAUUCCACAAUCUAUUUGUGGCAGGGAAAGGCCAGAGGAUAUCGGAAAGGAGUAUUUAAAUCUUUUGACAAGAAAAUCAUUCUUUACCUGUAAAACCCAUGAUAAUAGGGUGGAAAUUACUAAAAAGUAUUUUAUGCACGAUCUGCUGCAUGACCUAGCACAAUCUGUUUCUCUAGGGGAAUGCAUCAAAAUAGGAGGUGAUGUUGCAGAAAAUAUUAUUCCAAAAACAGUUCGACACUUAUCUGUCGAAAUGCUUAAUCUUCUUUCUAUUAGAGAGAUCUCCAAUCUUAAGAAUGUGCACACUCUAGUCAUUUCUGUUAAAGAGGACAAUAGGCAUAAUGCAGAUCAUGCACUUGAAUUUAUCGAGGUUAUAAAAGGGUUUAGAAAGUUACGCUUAUUGAUCUUAGAUGUGAAUUUUCACUCUUAUAAACUGCCCAAUGCACUUAGUAGCUUGAUACACCUCCGCUACCUAUCUCUUUCACUAUGGAAAGUUGUGAAUGAAAGUAUUGAAUAUGAUGGCUUGACCAACUUGGUCAAUUUGCGUUCAUUAGAUGUUCCCUAUCAUGUGAUAGAAAAUAUUCCUUAUAUUAGCAAACUACCUUUCAUCCACAAAUUACAAAAUUUUGUUGUCCGAGAGAAGAGUGGUUACAAAAUCGGUGAACUCAAGAACCUCAGGGACCUUCAUCACCUGUGUAUUAUGAAACUUGAAAAUGUGAGGACUUCUGAAGAAGCUACAGAGGCCAAGCUGAAUGAGAAAGAAUAUCUCAAAUCGUUGGGAUUGCGAUGGUCCGAAGGCCACUCCAAUAGUGCAGAAGCGGAUGAGCAGCUCCUCGAUAACCUCUGUCCACAUAUCAAUCUCAAGAAAAUGCGCAUUGAACAAUACCACGGUGCUAAAUCUCCAUGUUGGAUGACAAAUCUGUCUCUUGUCAAUUUGACAUCCAUCGAACUAAUUGAUUGUAAAAGAUGGGAGCAGCUCCCGCCUCUUUGGCAGUUUUCUUCGCUCCGGCACCUUUUCUUGCAGGGACUGCAUACAGUAAAGCAAAUAGAUUGUUCAUUCUUUGGAAGCAACAGUGGAUGUGCCUUUCCAUCGUUGAAGAUGUUAUUGUUAUGGGACAUGCCUAACUUGGAGGAGUGGAUUGGAAUUGAUGAUAGGUGCAUGUUUCCUCAACUUCAGUCUAUGUCUAUUUCUGAUUGCCCUAAUUUGAGGGGAAUUCCUACUCUGCAUCUAUGGUCAAGAGAUUUGCAUAUUUAUAAUGUCGGAUUGAUCGCUUUUCAACAAUAA